UAUGCUUGCAGUUUUAUUAUUUGCUUUGUUACUUUUUUCCUUUGCCUACGUCUUCCUGAACAGUUGGUGGCGCAAGCGCGUAGAGUCGCAAUUAAAUUACUUUUACAGCAAUACAAUAAAACAUGGCGCGGGAAUUUCAGUAGCUGCGACCCUCUGAAUUUUGAGUUGAUGAUGGACGAGAACCGAGUUGGUGAAGAGGGGGUUGUGUCUCCAUCUCUUCGUCUGUAUGAAGCACAGUUCUUUGGAUUCACCCCUCAAACCUGCAUGUUCAGAAUCUACAGUGCAUUUCGAGACUGCCUAUACGAAGUGCUGCUUGUCGUUGAGGAAGUGUGUGUAAGAAAUGUAAGUGGAACUGAACCCAAUGAAGAUCUUCGUUUAAGGGCGAGGAAAUGCACCCAAAAGCUGCAACUGUUCCUCCAAAAGCGUUUCGAAAGCUUAUCAGGCCGCAUGGAAACUCAAUUGCUCAAUAACGUCUUUUCAGUUCCACCUAAUGUGUUGUUACCAGAUGACAAGCCACAUCAAAGAUUCACUGAAGGUUUGCCAGAGGUUCUGAAGCUAGAGUCAUGCCUGGCUGAACUGCACCAUUCAUAUCAAGCAGAGGUUUGUGCCCAGCAGGCCUUGUUAACUGAGCUGGAGGAGCAGAGGGAGGUUCAGGAGCAGCUGGAUGGAAUACUGAGGUGGAUUGGGGAGCUGCAGGCUACUUGGCUGAAGGAGGGAAUGGGCAGCUUCCAUGACAGUUUCCGGGUGAUGGUGCAGUCGGUCAAGAAACUGCAGGAUGUCAUUGGAGAGAUAAGUAAGAAAAGCAGAGAAUUGGAUGAAGACUAAUACAUGGGAUGGGACCUCUUUGGCAUAAAGAAAACAAUUAUUGUCAGGUCCUUCUCAAAUCUGUAUGGUAGUAACAAUUGUUCUGGUAAAAUUGAAUUGGGGCUUGUAACAUAAUUAAUGGAAAAACACACUGACCUGAUUUUUGUUGGUAAGGCAUGAGUAGGCCAUGGAUGUGUACAUUUUUAAAGAUGCUUUGUAUAAAUUUACGGACUGGAUCUAAUCACCACAAGGGGGAAGCAUUGUAUUAUAAUUGAAAAUAAAGGCAGCCUGUCUGUGCUGUUGGACCACUUUGCAUUUGUAAUUAAACAUGUCCUUUGAUAUAUAUUUUAUUCUUCCAUAAUAUUUUCUAUACUACAUUGAACGUAUAUAUUUGCAGUAAUAUUCAUUAAACCUUUCUUUAAGUAAAUAAGUGUUAUCAUUUAAAAUAUUUUAUUAAAAAAUGUUUUAAGUAUAUUAUGUUAUAUAUUUAAAAGCAUGUUUCAAACAUGUACAGUGCUUCUGUAGUAUGUUUACAGCUUUUAUACAUUUCACACAAAACAAGCCUCUUCCUAAAUAAUAUCUGAUACAGACAAAGAUACAGUUGAGAUGUAUUCACCGGUGUAUUCAUUUCCAUAACACUACAGAAUUAU